CGUAAUCAAAGUUGUCGGCUGGCUAAAGAAGCAAGAAAUUCGAAUCGAACGUAGCUGAAAAUAACCGCAAUUUUUGGAUAUUUAUGAAAAAACAAACACAAAAUGACAGAGAUGAAUGCACCAAAGCUUGGAUUACCUCCACACUUGGCGGCCUCUGAGGUUUCUGAAGAGCAGAAGUUCAAAAACAAAUACCCUGGAAAGAAACCUGCCAGUACAGAUUUUCUCAGAAAAAGGAUACAAAAAGGGGUUAAAUAUUUUGAUUCUGGGGACUACAAUAUGGCAAAAAGCACAAACCGAACAGGCCCAAAUCCUCUUCUUGGAAAGGCUAUCCCAACACCAGAAGCAGUUACCCAAAGAAAGCACUCAACAGCAUGUAAAAGUAAACUUGCAGAUGGAGAGGAACAGCUUUCUCCACCAUGCUGUGGAGAUGAGAAGGUCUUUUUUGAGAAUGUAGAGCAAAAAGAUGCUCAAACUGAGAAUGAGGAAAAGAAUUGAAGCCAAUUGUUAACUAUUCAACCAGAAACUUCCCUACACUACCGAAACUAGCUUUUAUGCUAUACAACAAGCACAGGACAGAACAUGAACUGUGCAGAACCAUGUUUAUAAUGCUCUAACCUCCAAUUAGAAGGGUUUUAUUGAAGAGAUUAAAUGCACUGGGCUAAUUUCAAAGACAAAUUUUUGUAAAGUAUAUACAAUGACAUGCUGUUUGUCCCUGAAACAUUGUUCCUGUCCAAAAAUUCCAUUAAAGUUAAAAUGCUAAGUUUACUAGCUAGAAAUCUUUCAAACAGAUUUCUUUAUUUAUAUAAUUUUUCUAUUGAAACACCAACUCUUACUUUUGAUUCUGGUUCUCCAAAAAUUUGCAAACAGUGCACAAACUAUUUCAAGAGCUAGGUGUUAUAACUGGCUGUGGUAAUAUUUCAAUGCAGUGCCCUUGAAUUCUUCAUUGCAGUUUGCAAAUCAUGGAAUAGCAAAUUUUGUUCCAUUAAGAGUAAUUUUGACUUGUUGGUUGAUCCCCAAAGUCUAUUUGGUAAGAAUGAUGGUGAUUUUUCUAAAAAAUAACUCAAAUUUUUGUGUUAUUAAUGAAUUAGACUUUUCUUGUUAUUUUAUCUGUGUUAUAAGGAUUCUCUCAAGAAAUAUUAUUUCCACAAUUUGACUGCACUUAUAACCAGAAAAUGGGCAACAUGCAAAUACAUUGAAUUGCUUUCUUUAGAAACAUGUCAGCUCAUUUUAAUUGCGUAUAUGGCAUUUUGUAUAUAUACAGUCCCAUUUCGUUUUGUUGUAAUUAUUCUGGUUUGUUUAGUUUGUUCAUCCAUCAAAAUCCUCUGCGUUA